AUGGACUGGAUGCAGCAGCCCCAUGAUCAGCUGUUUCACGGCUCAGCUCCCUCCACUGUUCCUUCCUUUAAACUUGUAGACGCCAACAACCGUGUGCGCGAGCUCACGGAUCCCCUCAAGCGGCAGCUGGGAGCAUCCUGCUCCUUCUACCAACCCCAGGCAAACGAUGAUGACGGACUCUCGGCUGCUGAGUUGGAAGAAGAACGUCAGCUUGAACAGCAACUACAGGUGCAAAAAGAGGAAAUGUGCUUCAUGUCGCCACUGCCGCGCCCUGACGUGGGCAAGCUCCGCGUGACCACCAGGUCGCAUGCCUUCACGUACGGUGGCUCCAGCUCGUCAAACCUGCAUUCGACACCUCCACUAGCUCCACCUGUGUCACCUUUUGCCAGCAUGGCUCUCUCGGCACCUGCCGCACCAAUCGGCAAGGCCCGCAACCCGUUUCUUAGUGCGAGAGUGGAGAAUAGCCCGCGUUUACCGUCGCUUAAUGCGAUGCGCAACUCGCCGGGUACGCACCUAAAGCCAUUGGGUAUCGCUUCGCGUCCGCCUCCGCUAUCGUUGCGUAGGUUCUCGGAUGUCUCGACGCUUUCAUCGUCGUCACAGUCGUCAUCUCUAUCGCCCUCGCCACUUGACCAGCCUCAGCUGGCACACCACUCCAAAGCUCCGUUGCGGUCAUUGUCUAACACGUCGCUAUCAUCAGUGGCCUCCACGUCGUCAUCAAUGACGUACUCGCAGUCGCUCCCGAGCAUGUUGUUCCUGCAGGACAGAAGACGCUCCCGUACGUCAUUCGACGGUUUCGACCGCAUGUCAAUGUCAUCGGAAGACGAAGAAAGCGGCAUGCGUCUUCUCAGCUCGAGUGUGGGUCGUAGUGAAGGAAGCAGCGAUGCUAUGACGGCGGCAGCGAAUGCCGCGGCCCAGGCGGCACUCAACAACAGUAAUGCCCGCGGUGGACGUGUGUGUAGAUAUGCGAAUUGCAGCAAUAUUGCUCGAUCUCGCGGUUUGUGCCGUACACAUGGUGGUGGUAAAAGGUGUUCGCACCCAAAUUGUAACAAGAGCGCACAGGCAAACCGCAAAUGUAUCGCUCACGGAGGUGGCACCCCGUGCUCGUUUGAGGAGUGUGAGAAGACGGCGCAGUCGCGUGGCCUGUGCAAGGCCCAUGGUGGUGGUGCCCGGUGUAAACACCCUGACUGUCCCAAAAGCAGUCAAUCAAAGGGAUUGUGUCGCGGUCACGGUGGUGGCAUAAAGUGCAAGGCCGAGGGAUGUGAAAAAUGGGUACAAAAGAAUGGGUAUUGCAUCAAGCACGGUCGUGAGCGUACGAUGACCACUUGA